UGUCUGUACACGUACGACGAGUCUUAUCAGCUCAGCCGAUGCGAGCAAGGCAAGGCUUCCGCUCCACAUGAAGAGCCUGGGUGAUGCUCCAGCACGUCUCUGUACCCUCGUCUCCAUGAGUGCCAUCCUCUUCCUACAUCGCUGUCAGUAGAAGUUAUGGGGCGGCAUAACUGGGAGUCGGAGUGGGGCCAACGCUUCGAUUGAGGGCAAUGGCAUGGUGGCGUUUGGCGAAGCCUGCAAAUGCUGUCAGGAGGCAUCCGGAGCUGACUGUAAAUCAUCUCACGCUCCCCUGCUCCGGACACACGCCCCCCCCUGACUUACAGACAAGCUGGUUCUUCUAGGAGCCGAAUCGAGCUACUACGUUUAUGGUGAUUUAACGGAGAAAUGUCACGGUGGGAGUCGCGCCGUCUGUUCAUUCCGGGACGCUAUCCGUUGUCCGAAGAACGUAUGUUCGGAGCUGCGAGCAGGACCGGGGACCCGAGAGCAACACAGACAAAUUCAGCACAAGCACCGUUGGAGUACGGAGUUCGGAGACGGUUCUGUCCCAGCCAAGUUGGGUGUUCAUUUUGCGUGGCAAAUUCGGACGUCACAUGCAGGAGACGUGGAUACGGGAUGUGUCCACCGUCUCGUGGGGUCAAAACGCUGUCGUGUUCUAGGGAGACGGCUUCGACAGCGAUGCUGCCUAUUGCUCGUGUCCCCGAGACUCACACGACGUGGCCCUCUCGUCGUCAGGCGGACAGAGCACGCGAUCCCACGUCAUCGUCUUUUGACACUCGAGUUGCCUUCCAGUGCGAAGACUUUGAAGCAGGACCCUCUUCUCAUGCGAACUGCCUCCCGUGGCCUCUUGAGUCGUUGAAUCGAAGACGAAGAGAACAUAGACGAUUGGCGUCCUUCUCCACAACUUCUAUCGGCACGCUAUCUAGCGGCUGAAUCUCGCGUCUACCACCCUUCGUGUUCACAGUUCUACGCAGUGCAGGGCAUCUAAUGCGACAACUGUGCAGCUUCGACGAAGUAAUCGAUACGCCCACGCCACCCCACGCAGCUUCGCAAAAUUUGCAGUUUGAGAAGGAGAAGGGGCAGGACGUGCCACGGGGUAUCUCGGAUUCGUGCAUUCGGAAGCCGACCUUCCUCCGGGAUCCACCGCGGCGAGGCUUCUGUCUACCCGAGCUCUAGAGAUGGAGGAGGUGUCGCCGGCCGUUGGUAGAGCAGAUCCGCACGGUGUCCUUGCACCAAAUGUGGGCGCUUCACUCGCCAUCGAUACCACGGCGGGCAAAGCGCCAGGCUCCAAGCAGGGAAAUCUGUGCAGCAUUUAUAGGCGAUGCAACCUGGCCCUGGCAUUUCCAGUGGGCCUUUGUAUCCCUCUUUGUCAUUUGGGUAAUCUUAUGGGCACGUUGCAUCGCCCGUAUGUUCAGCGUAGAUUUCCUCACCUGGACCAUCGCGCUUUGCCUGCCGUGUACGGUCCCGCUGACUCCUAUCAUGUGAUUAUAAACAAGCAGCGGGUCGUGACAU